CCACGUAGCAUGACGCUGAACAAUUACUGUUUCAAACUUCUAAUGGAUGGUGGGUAGUUACUCGGGUUAUUCCAUUAAUACGGUUAACUAUGAGGGUGUUACGUAGCCGUUGUACCUAAUGUCAUCACGAUUCCUCAACAUAAUGUGGCUGAGUUGACGGUGUCGCUGUUGUAGUGACUUUAAAGCAUACAGUGAAAAAGGUAGAAACUGGUGAAAACAAUCAGGUACCGUGUGACAUGUGAUUUCUGACGUCACUAAUACAUACAUGAUGUCGAGAGGUGUGGCAGGGGGGAUCACCGUGUGCGUUAUAGCGAUCAUAUCAGGAUUAUAUGCAGCCAGUGAUGUAACCAUCAAUGUCGGUGUGAUUCCCGCCUGGCAAACUGUCGUCGCCGACGCCAUCAUGAGUGUGACGCACGUGACCAACAUCAACCUGCACGUCGUGGACGUCGGCGCCACAAACAACAGCUCAUUUCUGCAAAUAGAAAAUGUUCACAGCCGUCUGAAACGCUUACAGCUACAAGCGGUGAUUGGACAAUAUGACAGUGCUGUGGCUUUGGCCGUUGAGGAUCUUCACAUUCCAUUUCUGUGCACUAGUCCUGUCCCACGUUCCGACCUGCAGUUUACAGUCCAGAUGAUUCCAAGAAUCGACGAUAUCACUGAGGCGAUUUUGGAGUAUGCUGAGGCUCACAACUGGAAAAAAAUUAGCGUCUUCUACGACGAUGAUAUGGGCAUCACGUUGCUGGAGACCCUGAUGAAGAACCACUCUCUGUCGGUGCGGGCGUGGCGCCUGUCGGGCGUGGCUCGGGAUAGGGAGGUGCGGGAGUCGCUCGUUCAGAUGAGGAAGGUGCUGGUGGAACACACCGUCAUCUUCUGCUCCAAGACUAACACGCGACUCAUCCUAGAUCAGGCUCGAAGUCUUGCUAUGCUUUCCACACCGCCGUACGAGUGGAUUCUCAAAGAUUUGGCUGACACGAUGCACGACCUGUUUCACAAAUACGAGGACAUUGCUCUCAACUUCACCCUGUUCAGCUUCUUCCCUCUCAACUCCAAGAUGAACGUCGUCAACAACAACACCGUGGCGACCAAUAAGCUGCAGUACGCCCUCGCUGCCGACGCGCUCAGGUUGGUGACGUCAGCGGCGCAUCACGUGUUCAACAUGGACAGAAAGAAGUAUCCCCAGGUCAUAACAACAGAUGCAGGCAAGAAAGAGUUGAUGGCGGCUGUCAAACAGAACCAGGAGAUUGGCUUGCUGGGGAAUCUGUCGAUGAGUGACGACGGGAAAAGACACAACUUCUCCCUCUUCCUGACGGCGGUCACUGGCAACCACGGCAGCUACCUGCGUGGUCAGUGGUACACCCAGACAGAGAUAUUCAACCCUCGUCUCAGACUCUACAAGAAAGUGCUCAACCCGAACUGGACCACACCCUUUCCUCUGAGAGGCAGGACGGCACAAGCUGUCAUGAUACUGGAGAAGCCGUUCACGAUGUUGAAGCGAGACGCCCACCUUCGCCGCGGUAACGACCGAUUUGAGGGGUUCGCUGUCGACCUGCUGCAGCGCGUGGCGAGCAUGUUGGAUUUCGGCUUCGAAAUCUACCUGGUGCACGACGGCAAGUUCGGCAGUCGUCUCGACAACGGCGAGUGGAACGGCUUGAUCGGGGAGUUGCUAGCUGGGAACGCCACGAUGUCUGUGGCUCCUCUGAGCAUCAACUCGCACCGCGAGGAGGCGGUGGACUUCACCAAGCCGUUCAUGACGCGCUACAUCAGCGUGCUGCUGCGCAUCCCCAAGAGGGAGGUCUCGUACUUCGAGUUCCUCAACCCCCUCUCCCCCAUCGUGUGGAUCUGCACCAUGGGCGCCUUCGUCGUCGUCAGCAUCAUCCUGUAUAUCCUGGAACGCGUCGGGGCGUCACGGACCCGCAAGACGCCGAAGAUCUCCGUCAGGGAAAGUUUCUGGUUCAUCUUCGGCUCUCUGCUCCAGGGAAACACAGACUCUUCUCCUUCCACCAUCCCCGGACGCAUCCUCACCAGCUCCUGGUGGUUCUUCGCGUUGAUCCUCAUAUCCUCUUACACCGCCAAUCUGGCCGCAUUCCUCACCGUGAAGAAGAUCAACACGCCCAUAAAAACGGUCAGCGAUCUGGCUCAGCAGACCAAGAUAAAGUACGGGACUGUCCAGGACAGCGGAGUGAUGUCCUUCUUUAAGAACACCAACAUCGAGCACUUCGCCAAGAUGUGGGCUCAGAUGAGCGAGAUCGAGCCGGACUCCAUGGUCAAGGACACGGACGAAGGUUACAAAAAGGUCAAGGAGGAGAACUACGCUUUUUUCUGGGACACGACCGUUAACAAGUUCAAGACGAUUAUUGACUGCAACGUUAUGGAGAUUGAUCCGCCGUUUGAUCCCAAGGGAUUUGGCAUUGGGGUUCCGCCUGGUGCCACCUAUAGGGAAGAAGUGUCGAUGGCGAUCCUCAAGUUGAGUGAUCAGGGGAUUCUGCAUAUGUUGGAAAAUAAAUGGUGGGGGAGUCGGAAUUGCCCUGAUCUCGGGAAGCCGUCAACAGACGAAACGUCGGAGCUGCAGAUUGAAAACGUCGCCGGCGUCUUCUUCAUCCUCGUCGGUGGCAUCGUCAUCGCUGCCGUCGUGUGUGUGGGUGAAUAUUUCGGCAGAGUGCUGGUGAAACCCAAGGACUUCAACAAGGCUGAAAAGAAAGAAGUCAACAAUUCGGUACAUGACCACCCGCCCAGGGAGAGGCUAGAGAAGGAGAGUUUUCUAUGAUGGUAGGACCACGUGGCAGCCACGACUGUUGAUUGAUUCCAAGCACUAUGUGCACAGUUAUUGUCUAUCGUCAUGCUUCAUUUGUUCGUGUGCAAUCCACCGAAUCAGUAUGACAAGCUGGUAAUCACGGACAUGCAUUAUAACGACAUAGGAGUCCAAGUGUGGAGAUUACCAAGGCAAAUCAGUCCUGUGUUUGAUUUAUGCGAAAUUUCUAAUACAGUUGUGGCAAGCCGACCGUGAAAACCAAAUAUCCCAUUUGUAGUAUUUCUGACAUUGUGCCAAAGAUAAUUGUUUGUGGUAAGCCAAGCGGUGAACAUUCACAUUGUCUUCAUAGUCUCCAGUUAUAAACUGCUGGAACUCUAAUACCAUUUUUAUAGUGUUCGUAUUGUCACAGGUUUUUUUACUUUUAUUGUGGAGCAGACAUUGACGCCAUCUUGAUAACAUUUGCAUUUCCUUAUCACAAUAGUGUAUUGUGAAAUGGUCAGAAAAGGAGUAACUGUUUCACGAUACAUCAGAACAAUUCAAAUUAUGGUCGUUAGGUCUUACAGAUCGGGAACGGGAACUCUAUUAACGUGCCCAUAUCCAAUAAAGGUUCAGGCACGCCCACCCCGGAUUUAGUCUCUGAAUUCGCCAGUGACCAGUUUCGGUGCAGGUGUUACAGAUGGUUACUAGUAUCAGGCCCGGUGCUUGUAAAACGUUUAUAGUCUGAUCAGGUCAGGUCAUAGGGCUUUACGUGCACAUUUAGAGCAAGCGUUGUAGCGCACACCUGUCCUGGGCACAAGAGCCGACCUCGGCCGGCUCUUCUGUCCAUGACAAUUUAGAGUCUAGACUCUAAUAUAGUCUGAGACGUGAACGUCAUGGCAACGCCAUACAAAUUGUAUGCGUGUGACGUCAUUAGAGAUUGAGUCUGGACUCUAAAGGUUUUAUAAGCACGGGCCCUGGACACUUGGUUUAGUAUUUUGAAACAGUCUACAUGUACAUAUAAUGCAAUAUUAUAACAUUCAUAUUGUACUGAUGUUUAUUGUGAAGCAUACUGGUACGAAGUUGAUAAAACUCGUAUUUUUCCAGUCUUUUUUUAUGUGUAGACCAUAGAGCCGACUGGGCAAUGUUUAUAUUUCACAAGGAUCCAAAGAGCGUUACAGUAAAUAUAAUUCUCUUUGUGCAUCUUGUAGUAACGGCUGACAGAAUGCUCUCAAAUUAUAUUGUAAGAACCAGUGUUAACAAUUUUCUAGACGUAUGGAAAAAUUCAUUACCACAACUCGCAUGCUAUACGUUGUUACCAGUGGAUAGGUGUAAGACCACUAUACCGACUUUUCCGUCACUAACCAAUAACCACUAACUCACUGUCCUGUACAGACAGCCCAGAUAGCUGAGGUGUGUACCCAAGACAUCGUGCUUGAACCUUAAUUGGCUAUAAGCACGAAAAUAACGAGUUGUUACUACAAGUCGCACAGCGAGAAUGCCCACUUACGCAUCAGUAUAUCUGGAAGUUGCAGCGUUAUCGUGUGUGUGUGUGUGUGUGUGUGUGUGUGUGUGUGUGAUAAAUAUACAAGAUCUCAUUACUAUAUCAUAUUAUAUUCAGGCUAAAUUACCAAUUAUUAAGUGUGAUGUGUCCGGGGAUCAUUUAGCAUUCCAUCAUCCCUCCUAGUCCGUAUAUGUAUAUGACAAUAGAUACUAAUUAUGUUAAAACUGGAGAAAUAUUGUGAACAUACCUGGAUUUUUGUGAAAACGAGAGUAUCAUAAUCAAGAGUAGAUUUAGGAUAUUCGAGGGGGAGGUGACGAGAUUUCCAAAACCGGACCGUUUGAACCUCUUGGAUCAGCAGCGUUAGUAAUAGGCAAUAGAGUGUAUCACUGGUGUAAACCAGCCGGUUGUUUUCACUGUUGGUACAUGUCACAGUACGAUGUCAUAGAUACUAACAAUGUGAACUAUUACAGUAUUACGACUGUAGGGCAUUUGCUGGAUAUAUUUACUAGUAUAUUGCUUGUAUAUUGUAUUAAGGUUCCAUUUACCGUUAUUGUUGACGUUAAAUUACAGACUUUGGAUGAUGCGUUUAAGGUGAAUAAAUUUAAACUAAUUUUUAAUGUAGUGUGUAGGGUAGUUUAAUUUAAUAGUUACUUUUAUUAUGUACUGAAUUUAUCUGUGAGAUUGACCGAGGACGAUCGAGUAAGCGAGAGAGAGAGAGAGAGAGAGAGAGAGAGAGAGAGAGAGAGAGAGAGAGAGAGAGAGAGAGAGAGAGAGAGAGAGAGAGAGUUGACAAAAGUGAAAUAUAAAGAGACAAGCUAUGGAUAUGCAAAUGGUACAUUAAAAUAAGGUUUUGUAUGCAUUUUUUUUGUUAUGAAUUAAAUCAAGAUUUCAA